AUGGGCACAGCAGCUUCGCAGGCCCAACCUCUGGCGGAGCCGCAACCUCCCCGCAAGAAACGCCGGUCGAGGGAACCGGACUGGAAGACCUUCUACAAGAAUGGCUUGCCCAAAGAGAUCAUCGUGAUUGAUGACACGCCGGAGCCCGAGCGUGCGAAUGUACCGACCACCGCCGUGCAGACCCUCGCGAACGGUCGCUCGCACGUCGUAACAAACGGUAGUGCACCCGGAUCCUCAGCCAAGAAGCGGAAACGAGACGAUGAGCCCACACCGUACGAUCCCGUCCACCACAGUGCUGCUCUCGGCUCCCAUACCCCCAGCAAGUCCACUGCCGCAAGCGACCGGACAAACUCGGCAAUCCAUACGACAGCAGCGACAUCACUGGGAUCGCUCUCCUCAAAUGGCCAGUACGAGUACGAUGGAGCACAAUCCGGCCAGAAGCGGAAGAGGACAACUCGCCAGCAGAUCGCAAACGAAGCGAGGCGUCGCGAGGCUGCGAUAUAUACCGAUGCCCUCGCCCACUACCGGCCACCGCCCAAUCCCCCCAAGAAGGCCCGUGAUGUGCACAUCAAAGUUGUUGCCGAUUCUAGCCCCCCCAUUAGCAAAAACGUCCGUGUCGACGAUGACGAUGGCCACUACAUCGUCGUCCCCGACAAUGACCUGACUGAACGAUAUCAAAUGGUCAAGCUGCUCGGACAAGGCACGUUCGGCAAGGUCGUACAAGCAAGAGAUAAGGUGUCGGAAAAACUGGUCGCCAUCAAGAUCAUCCGUUCGGUGCAAAAGUACCGCGAAGCGAGUAAGAUCGAACUUCGGGUACUGGAGACUCUCAGAGCCAAUGACGAGGAGAACCGGAACCGCUGCAUUCACUUCCGAGACUGCUUCGACUACCGCGGGCAUAUAUGCAUCGUCAUGGAUCUGCUCGGACAGAGCGUAUUCGACUUUCUUAAGAGCAACAGUUUCGUGCCCUUCCCGAAUAGCCAGAUCCAGAACUUCGCCCGACAACUACUCACCAGUGUAGCUUGUAAGGAGCCCCCGCUCGGACGGAACCGUAUUAGGGAGGGACACCUGAAGCCGGAGAACAUUCUCCUGUGCCACAACGAGUACCAGACCUUCACGUACAAUAGGAAGAUACCGUCGGCUAGUACCAACAACAGUAACCGCCAAGCCAACCAAAGAAAGGUACUGCUAGACACAGAGAUCCGACUGAUCGAUUUCGGCUCGGCAACCUUCCAAGACGAAUAUCACUCGUCAGUUGUGUCGACCCGCCACUACCGCGCGCCCGAAAUCAUCCUCGGGCUUGGGUGGUCGUACCCUUGCGACAUUUGGAGUAUUGGGUGCAUACUGGUCGAAUUCUUCACCGGCGAUGCCCUCUUCCAGACGCACGAUAACCUCGAGCAUCUGGCUAUGAUGGAAGCAGUCGUCGACGCCAAGAUCGAUUCGUCUCUCGUCCACCAGGUCAACAGGAUGACGAGGAACGGCGGGAACCCCGCAUCCAAAUACUUCAAGCGCCUCAAACUCGACUAUCCCAUGCCCGAUACCACACGGGCAUCGCGGAGAUUUGUCAAAGCCAUGAAGAAGCUACCGGUUGGUGCUAACUCUCUUCGUCAUCAUCAUCGCUGGCGACUGAAACCCUUGCAGGAGAUCAUCCCCUCGAACACCAAAUUCUUGCAACAGUUUCUAGAUCUCCUCCAGAAGAUAUUUGUCUACGAUCCCGCGCGCCGCAUUACAGCAAAACAGGCUCUGCAACAUCCCUGGUUCCGCGAAGUUGCCCAUCCUGAUGACGGGACCGAAGCGGCACGAAUCCGCGCCGACAAGUUGAGGAUGCGGGAACGAGAAUUGUCCGGUGCCAGCCAUGGCCCUGUAGAGGAACGGUCUGUGAGGAGGUAA